AUCUCUUGCAGCCCUCCUGCUGCCCUCUGGGCACAGUAGUAUAUAAGCGUACCCUGCAGAUGCAGCAUCUGAUGGCCUAGUACCUGCCAUCGUUGGGUCGUCGGUCGAUCGAGCAGCAGCAUCGUGGCAGAGAUGGCGAGGUACAAAGGCGUCAGGCAGCGCCACUGGGGCUCCUGGGUCUCCGAGAUCCGCCACCCUCUCCUGAAGACGAGGAUAUGGCUGGGGACGUACGAGACGGCGGAGGACGCGGCGAGGGCGUACGACGAGGCGGCGAGGCUCAUGGGCGGCCCCGCGGCGCGCACCAACUUCCCUCUCACCCACGACGGCGGCUGCCUCUCCCCGACCCUGCGCGCGAGGCUGGAGAAAUGCUGCACCACGGGCUCCUCCUCCUCGUCGUCGUCCCUGCAGGCUGCAGCCGCAGCGGCAGGAGGAGGACACGCCGGCGGCGAGGCUGAUCAGGCGACAGGCGACGGCGACGAGCACAUCGAGGAGAUGAUCCGGGAGCUCACGUUCUACGGCUCCAUAGAGAUCGUCGUCGACCAGCCCUCUGCUUAGCUUACUGUACGUGCCAAUCUCGUUAGGCACAUUGCAUUGGCCAUUAGUAGGCUUUACGUACGUCGAUGGAAGAAAGGAUAUAUUUGCAAGAUCGUAAUCGAUCCCUCGCUGUGGAUCGCGAGAUGCGUAUGCAACAGCAGGAAGGGGACCAAAAAUCUUUUAGGAUAAGGCCUCCAGAUUUGGUUUCAUGAUGUGAAGUUGGGGGUUGAGGGCUAGCUCUCUCGUCAUGUAGCUUCUUUCUUGCUACUAUGGUGUGACGAUCUGA